AUGGAUAAAAAGGAACCUGAGGGCCUGAAAAUUAAGCGGGAAAUCGGUUUGAUUGGUGGCAUCGCUUUAAUAUCUGGAACCAUGAUUGGAUCUGGUAUAUUCAUGUCUCCACAGUUUGUUCUGUCCUAUGUAGGCAGUCCUGGAGCCAGUCUUCUGAUCUGGACUAUCUCGGGAAUCGUGUCAAUGUUGGCCGCUCUCUCUUAUACUGAACUUGGCACAAUCAUUCCUGAAUCUGGUGGCGACUUCAUCUACAUACUGAGGAUCUACGGCCCGUUCCCUGCUUUUUUUGCAGCAUACACUAUGGUGCUGGUCUUAGAGCCCUUUGCUGCCGCAGCGUUGUCUAUUGGCAUUGCUGAGUAUGCUGCAGCACCGUUUUACAUGGACUGCUCGCCUCCUACAGUUGUGGUGAAAUGUGCUGCAGCUUUCAGCCUCUUUCUUGUUGCCAUCAUCAAUGCCUUGAAUGUGCGGCUUGCAAUUAGAAUUCAGGUGAUCUUCUUGGUGGCCAAAGUGUUGGCAUUGACAACCAUUGUGGUUGGAGGAUUGGUGAAGCUGUCCCAGAGCACUGAUAUGAUAGUGGAGAAUUUGAAAGUGGAGAAUUCCUUUACUGGCACUCAGUUUUCUUUGAGCACAUUUGGAAUGGCUUUCUCUCAAGGACUUUGGUCGUACAGUGGCUGGUGCAGCUUGAGCUACGUGACUGAGGAACUAAAAAGACCUGAGGUCAACCUUCCCCGUGCAGUCGUGAUAGCCAUUUCUCUGGUGACCAGCCUGUAUCUGCUGGUGAAUGUGAGCUAUCUGACUGUGAUGACGCCCAGAGAGCUCAUGUCCUCCACAGCAGUAGCAGUUACCUGGGGGAAUAAAGUGUUGGGCAGUUGGGGUUGGAUCAUGUCUCUGGCUGCAGCCUUGUCGGCGUUUGGUUCUCUGAAUGGAAUGUUUUUCAGCGGGUCACGUGUGUGCUUUGUUGCCGCCAGGGAAGGACACAUGCCAGAUAUUCUGUCCAUGGCUCACGUCCACAGACUGACGCCAUCCCCUGCACUGAUCUUCAUCACCACAGUGUCGUUGAUCGUGCUGAUCCCCGGGGAUUUUAAGAGUAUCAUCAACUACUUCAGUUUCACUGCCUGGUUUUUCUAUGGCGCCACCCUGUCUGGAAUGAUUUACCUCAAAAUCAAGAAGCCGGAGCUCCCCAGACCAUACAACGUUCCCAUUAUAAUCCCUGUUUUGGCCCUGAUUGCUGCAGUCUUCGUUGUGCUCGGGCCGAUCAUCGACAGUCCUCAGAUUGAAUACCUGUAUGUGACUUUAUUCAUUCUUAGUGGGGUGAUUGUCUACAUCCCUUUCAUACAUUACAAGAUGUGCCCAGAAUUUUUAAACCUGUUAACAAUGUUUCUGCAGCUCUUUUUGGAGGUUGCCCCAGCAGAAAAACAGUUGUGA